AGCCUAACGCCUUACUCGACCUUGACAACGCAAAGCCAACUCGCGUCAUUCUCGAGCUGUCCGCUGUGUGACGAAGACGCUUGCUAUUGUUCAGUGUUGGCAUAUACUUGUGAUUUGCUAUCUGACUACAGACAUGGAAUUCUUCUCUUUCUUACUAAGUAUUUUUGUUUCUACAGCUGUACUUAAAGAACCGACCACAAAUCCCAGGAAUUUCACACAUGUUGUUCCUGAACACGAGCCGUCUGAUCGUCAAUAUUACAAUGGUCCAGACUUCAGCCAAGCACCUACAGGGUCACUGAAAGUAGAUAAUGCUGCAUUAUCUGAUGACAUGGAUGACUUCACUAAGCUAUAUGAUGAACUUGAUUUGACAAAGGAGAAUACUCAUCUUGAGUCCACAAACACACUGCAAUCUGAAAUGGACACCAAGGAGCAUUUUCAACAGUACACCACAGAAACAUCUGCAGCUGAAAUGGAAUACCUUGAACAAUGGUAUGAUGAGAUGAGCGUGACAACAGGGCAAGGUGAUCAGGACUCUCUUACACCUCAAUCAGAGCUCAAUACAACAGUAUGGAAUGAAACAUCAGUAUUGCAGGUGGAAAACACGCCCUUGCAUACAACUACCAUUAUUCUUAAAGUAGCCUUUCUCAUGCUAAUAUUAUGCAGUUUAGCUCUAAACACUGCAGCUAUGUGGAUUAUGUUGAGCAAGAAUUUUACAUUCCUCUCCAUUAAGUACAAUGUUACAUACAGAAUGAAGAACAGUAGUGCAGAGCUUCUUACUGUAGAAUACGAGGAUACAGUAACUGUUUAAAAAGCGCAAACAUCCUCCUCCAUAAACAUGUCUAUCAUACACCAAAAACCAACUGCCCCCUCCUCCUCUGCUCCCCCAAACAUAGUCAGUUUUUAUUUCCUUCUCAUCAUCUUCUACCAACCCCCAGCACCCCUAUCUAAGUGUUUCAUUACUGAAUGUGUAAAAACACACACACACACACACACACACACACACACACACACACACACACACACACAAAUACAUGAAAAUGGAAAAUCUUCUUCCCUCAGUAACACUGUCAUAGUGGAUACAGUGAUGUUCAAUUGCUUUGAGGUUUGUACCACAGACGACAAUUGUGUAUCUGAAAUCUAUGAAUUCUUGCAGUAAACUACCUGGUAGUUUCACAGGAGCCUCCAAGUAUUUUUCAUUGUCGACGUUACCACCUUCACUUUUAUACAUUACCAUUAUCCAUUUUUAUGAAAAAGGAGAAUUUCAAUAAAUUAACAAUUUCAGGGGACUAUGAAAUUGUUACACAAUGUGUUGUACAAAGCAAAUAACUUUGUUGCAAUUCCGGCUGAAUAUACACUCUUGUAAAUUUUAUCACUUUAGCUUUUGUGUUCGAUGUAUGCAAAUUGCUUAUAGUCACAAUUGUAAAAUUGUAUUAAUUGUAUUUCAAAAUAUAAUAAUGCUGUGUACCUCACUAAUAGCUUCAUGAGAACAUGAGACUGCUUAAAAGUAUGUUUUAUAGAAUAGAAGGUUGCCUUACCAGAGCAAAAGGCAAUGGUACCACUUUGGAUAUUAUAUUUAAUGUAUACAACGUUUGUGUACUUACACUUAUUAAUUUUUAAUGAUUCUAUAAGAAAAUAAAUAGCUUUCGAAUAAUU